AUGAGUACCCCGGACAAGCAGGAGCAGACUGCUGCAGGGGGCAGGAGGGUCAGUGGUCAGCAGUUGAAGCAACUUGCUGCUGGCAACUCCAGUAACAAAGGAGAGAGGAAGUUUGUGUGUCUGGAGUGUGGAAAAAAAUUCACCUCAAGGGACAGCCUCAGAUAUCACACCCUUACACACACUGGUGUGAAGAACUAUGAAUGUAAGGAAUGUGGGAAAAAAUUCAUCCAGAAGGGUCACCUUGAUAGACACAGCCUUACACACACUGGUGUGAAGAACUAUGAAUGUAAGGAAUGUGGGAAAAAAUUCAUCCAGAAGGGUCACCUUGAUAGACACAGCCUUACACACACUGGUGUGAAGAACUAUGAAUGUAAGGAAUGUGGGAAAAAAUUCAUCCAGAAGGGUAACCUUGAUAGACACAUCCUUACACACACUGGUGUGAAGAACUAUGAAUGUAAGGAAUGUGGGAAAAAAUUCAGCGAGAAGGGUCACCUUGAUAGACACAGCCUUACACACACUGGUGUGAAGAACUAUGAAUGUAAGGAAUGUGGGAAAAAAUUCAUCCAGAAGGGUACCCUUGAUACACACACCCUUACACACACUGGUGUGAAGAACUAUGAAUGUAAGGAAUGUGGGAAAAAAUUCAGCGAGAAGGGUCACCUUAAAAGACACACCCUUACACACACUGGUGUGAAGAACUAUGAAUGUGAGGAAUGUGGGAAAAAAUUCAGCCAGAAGGGUACCCUUGAUACACACACCCUUACACACACUGGUGUGAAGAACUAUGAAUGUAAGGAAUGUGGGAAAAAAUUCAUUCAGAGUGGUAACCUUGAUAGACACACCCUUACACACACUGGUGUAAAGAACUAUGAAUGUAAGGAAUGUGGGAAAAAAUUCAUUCAGAGUGGUAACCUUUAUAGACACACCCUUACACACACUGGUGUGAAGAACUAUGAAUGUAAGGAAUGUGGGAAAAAAUUCAUUCAGAGUGGUAACCUUGAUACACACACCCUUACACACACUGGUGUGAAGAACUAUGAAUGUAAGGAAUGUGGGAAAAAAUUCAUCAGGAAGAGUACCCUUGAUACACACACCCUGACACACACUGGUGUAAAAAGUCAUGAGUGUGAAGAGUGCGGGAAGAGGUUCAGUGUGAAGUCGGCACUGAAUCAACAUGUCUUCAGGCACUAUGGCCUUAGAGAGUUCAAGUGUGAUGUUUGUGGCAAGCUCUUUAAGACAAAGAAAGACAUUGCCAGGCACAUGAAGACCCACUUCUGAGGGGAAAGAACAUAUGACCAGUUUUUCAUUUGACCAAAGUCACUUGACCAGGUAGGGUAGGAUGGUUGACCAGGUCACUUGACCAGGUGGGGUAGGACUGUUGACCAAGAUAUUUUCUAUUAAUUUUUAAUGACAUGCUGGGGGCUACAAAUUCUUAAGGCUCUAAGAAACCUGGAGGAAAUGACAGACAAUUUUAUGGAGCAGUGAUGAUAGGAGAAAUACUGUAUGAAUAAGUUGCAGUUUGUGGGUUUUCGGUAUACCUUGAAGCUGAGUGUUAUUAGUUUUUUGAAUGAGGACGUCUAGGUUACCAUAUGUUGCUGACCUGCACAACAUUAAAACAGUGUGUCACAAACUUGAUGUUGAUAUAGCCUUUAUAUAUACUUCCACAAUUAAAACCAUGUUAGUUAAGAACAAAAGUAGGUAUUGUUUCAUCGUCAGCUGGUGGGUAUAAAAACCCUUGUGAAGAUUGUCGGCUAGUUUAUAUAGGUGAAACAGGUAGAGAUCUUAAUACAUGCAUUAAAGAACACAAAGUAAGCUGUUAGAACAAGCAACGACAAUAAUGCUAUUUUUAAACAUAUGGAAAGUACAAAUCAUAGGAUUUCUUGGAAAAAUAGCCAUCUGUUACACAAAUGUAUUGAUUAUAAACAACGUAAGGUUAUUGAGGCAAUGUGCAUAAAGAAACGGCAAUUUUAAUUUAUGUGACUGUAAGUUGAAGCUCGAUCCGGUAAUGAGGUCACUGGUGGAGAAGUCUUUUCCCACUCCCCUUAGUCCCCCCAUCUGUCAGUCAUAGCUUUGGGGCGGGGUGUUGACCUUACUUGCAUAUUUGACCUGAUGGCUCAGGGUUGCCCACCCAUCCAUGUCCUGUCCCUCCCAUAUUCACCUGUUCCUGUUUGUAAAUAAGACGAUUUUACUAAUUACUAUACCUCUUUUUACUCUUCCCACCCCUUUAAUUAAUCCCCCCCAUAUGUCAGUCGCAGCGUUGGGGCGGGUUGGUGACCUUACUUCCCUCCCCCUGGACCUGACGGACUUACCCAUCUCUCCCUGUCCUGCCCCUCCCAUAUUUACCUGUUCCGUGUUUGUAAAUAAGGAGAAUUGUGAACCAUUAUGACCACUUCUACUCUUCCUUUUCACCACUGAAGAUUGUGGCAGUGUCCACCGAAACUGUUUGGUUAAAAAUAUAACUAUCGUCUGAAGUGUGUCUGCCUACACAGUAGUUAUAGUGACCAGGGUGUUAGCAGCAGCUGAGCCUGAUAGGGAAAGGGAAGUGAAGGAGAGGUAAAAGUGAUCUUGUAAGACAAGGAAGAAAGAAGGCUUGCCUGUGAAGUGAUAAAAGGAGAGGAGCCACAGCAAGAAGAGGAAGGGAAAUACUGAUGGCUGACUUUCCACAGCUGUGGCAGCUGCACCUGGGCCUGGAGCCUGGUUGAGUCUCACAGCUACAGUGAAUUACUUACUCCUCUGUGAGGUGAGGGGCAAGAGAAUGUCACCUUACACUGAAAUAGCUGGAACAUGUAUUUAUAAACCAUUGCUGCAGCAAAAGAAUCAAUGCCUUACAGUGGUGUGCUUCACCCAAGAGUACCACAGAUGCAAGGGCUUCCAACACCUCUCCGGCCAUUGUAGUCUGUAUGAGUUAUUAUAACAUUGCGUAUCUAUGUCACUGUUGAGUUGCUGUAUCUUUUUUUGUACAAUCUUUCUACAAUCCCUAUCAUGCUUAAGUCACUACACUGUCUGUAACGCUUGGUCCUCGUCACUUGCGACACCACAUCUUCCGUAACAUUACAAUUCCUAUCACACUUGGGUUACUAUGUCAUCUGUAGCAAUGCGUACUCCUGUCCCUUCAGUUGCUAAAUCUUUUGUAAUAUUUAUUUGUCACUUAACUUGCUCUGCCCUUUGUAACAUUGAGAUGAGGUUAUAUUAGUCAUUUGUUUUAUCUUUUUCUGUAUGUCGAGACAAGGUUAUGGAAGCUGGUCAUUUGUUAUGUCUAUCUUUCUUUAGCGACAAGGUUAUGUUGACUCGCCACCAUUACGUCAUGUCUUUACAUUAGGACAAGGUUAUGUUAGCCUCAUUUGUUUCAUUCUUUUUUACAUCGACACAAAGUUACAUUUGCCAGUCAUCACAUAUUUUUCUUUACAUCAACACAAGGUUAUGUUAGCCAGUCAUUCAUUACAUAUGUUUUUCUUUAGUUUGAGACAAGGUUAUGUUAGCCAGUCAUUCAUUACAUAUGUUUUCUUUAGUUUGAGACAAGGUUAUGUUAGCCAGUCAUUCAUUACAUAUGUUUUUCUUUAGUUUGAGACAAGGUUAUGUUAGCCAGUCAUUCAUUACAUAUGUUUUUCUUUAGUUUGAGACAAGGUUAUGUUAGCCAGUCAUUCAUUACAUAUGUUUUCUUUAGUUUGAGACAAGGUUAUGUUAGCCAGUCAUUCAUUACAUAUGUUUUUCUUUAGUUUGAGACAAGGUUAUGUUAGCCAGUCAUUCAUUACAUAUGUUUUUCUUUAGUUUGAGACAAGGUUAUGUUAGCCAGUCAUUCAUUACAUAUGUUUUUCUUUAGUUUGAGACAAGGUUUCGUUAGCCAGUCAUUCAUUACAUAUGUUUUUCUUUAGUUUGAGACAAGGUUUCGUUAGCCAGUCAUUCAUUACAUAUGUUUUUCUUUAGUUUGAGACAAGGUUAUGUUAGCCAGUCAUUCAUUACAUAUGUUUUUCUUUAGUUUGAGACAAGGUUAUGUUAGCCAGUCAUUCAUUACAUAUGUUUUUCUUUAGUUUGAGACAAGGUUUCGUUAGCCAGUCAUUCCUUACAUAUGUUUUUCUUUAGUUUGAGACAAGGUAAUGUUAGCCAGUGAUUCAUUACGUAAUUUUUUGAACAUUGUAUUAUUAUUUAUCAAGUAUUUAUCAAGGGUAGUUUGGGUUUCUAUUUUCUUUGAAUCGAGACAAAAGCAGGUUACGUCAGCUACCCCUCGUUACUUCACAUGUAUAUAGACAUUGUUACGGUAGUUUUGAUUUCCCCAGAGUCGUUUAAGGUUGUCAGCACGUCUGUGUAA